AUGGAUCUCAAUAGGCAUGCGACCCCAGGGGUACCACAGUAUCCUCUACAGAAUGUUCCCGUUCCAUACCGGUACCAACUUCAUCCUCAGCCAGCGUCUCAGAGUAAACGAAGUAUACAUUAUCCCCUUCAACAGCUUGACGACGAUUCUGACAGCGACGGUCAGUAUCACAAAAAGUUAAAGCCAAAUCAGCAGGCUGUUUCCAGUCCCAACUUGAUCGAGGAUCAAGAUGGGCCGUUACCAAUAUCGCCGAUUGCUUCCCCAUGUCACACACCUGAAGUGGAGGAACCAAGUAUUGACGAAGUCAUAGGGACUACAGUAGCUAGACUCAGCAGUACGACAUCUCAUCCAAAUGCUUUAACAAGUCUUAUAUUUGGGCUUGUUUCCAACAUGGAUAGAACUCAGCUUUCAGAUUUGGUCAGUAUAAUAACCGAUAACUUGAAACGAGAUUUGUUCCAAUCACUACCUAAUGAAAUCACUGUGAAGAUCCUAUUAAAUUUAUCUUCGGAAGACAUCUUCGCAUGUUUGUUGGUUAACAGAAAUUGGAAUAGGUUAAUCGAGGAGGCGCCUGUUGUUUGGAAAUGGCUAAUGCUUAACGAAGGUUUUGUCACCGAAGAUCAGUUCCCGUCGUACUGUAACAGUUUGCCCAGUAAAUAUAAGCAUUUGAUCAACCCUGACGACAGAUUUAGAUUAGAUUUCCUGGAGAACAACUGGUGUCUCCAGAACUGGUACGAUCCAAACUAUAAACCAGGGAGGACUUGUCUUGAUGGUCAUAGUACCAAUGUUGUAACAUGUCUACAAUUUGAAAACAAUUAUAUUAUUACCGGAGCAGACGAUAAGAAGAUCAACGUGUAUGACGCUGAGAAUGAUCUGUUCCUAUUAGAAUUAAACGGACAUGAGGGCGGUGUGUGGGCACUGAAAUUUGUGGACGGUAAGAUUUUAGUUAGUGGUUCCACAGAUAGAAGUGUGAGAAUCUGGAACAUCGAAACUGGUAAAUGUACCCAUGUUUUCAAAGGACACACAUCGACGGUUAGAUGUUUAGAAGUGGUUGAAUAUGGUGACAGCAAAUACAUUGUAACGGGGUCUAGAGACAAUACCUUGCAUGUGUGGAAACUUCCCCCCAUGAAAGAGCUAGACAAGGGAUCGCAGGAACCUAUUUUCUACAGGACACCAGAGGAAAACCCAUAUUUUGUUGGGGUAUUAAGAGGCCACAUGUCUUCGGUAAGGACAGUGUCUGGUCAUGGUAGAAUUGUCAUAAGUGGUUCAUAUGACCACAAUUUGAUGGUAUGGGAUAUCAUUAGUAUGAAAUUACUAUAUAUUCUAACCGGUCACACCGACCGUGUGUACUCGACCAUUUAUGACUACAAGAGGAACAGGUGCAUAUCAGCAAGUAUGGAUACCACAGUGAUGAUCUGGGAUCUCGAAAACAUUGAAAAUAAUGGGACAACUACUACAAUCAAUGACGGUGCAUCGAUCAAAGUGGUUGGAAGCAUGAAAUGCCUUUAUGGACAUACAGCUUUAGUUGGUCUACUUUGCCUAUCCAAUAAAUUUUUGGUUAGCGCUGCUGCAGACGGUUCGAUACGCGGCUGGGAUCCAAAUGAUUAUUCAAGAAAGUUUUCGUUCCAUCAUACAAACCUGGCUGCUAUCACUUCAUUCUCCAUGAACGAUAACAUUUUGGUUAGUGGAUCGGAACGACAAUUCAAUGUAUAUAAUUUAAGGACCGGUAAGCUGAUACACAGGAAGCUACUCACAGAUUCGGAACAAGUGUGGGGUAUCAAAUUAAAUAACAGAAAAUUAGUCGCUGCGAUCGAGUCAGUGGGACACAGUUACGUAGAAAUCUUGGAUUUUGCUGCUCGGAAUGGUGACAAGACUAUCAGAACCCGGACUAGAACAAGAGUCGACCAUCAAAUAUAUCGAACGUCACUUUGGUCUUCCACUCUUUAA